GAACUGAUGGUCAGAAUCAGUUUAUAUUUGAUCAUCUUCAGUGAUCGCUGAAGCUGCUCGAAGCAAUCUUGAAUAUUUGCACAGAAAGUAACGGGAUCCUGAUGAGGCUUGGAGCAGCGCUGUGGAGGUCCAUCACGGUGUUGAGACAACCUCUGUAAAUACCCAGCAAUAUUUCUGCGCUCAGGUGAGACGGUCACGUGAUGCUCCAGGUGAGACACAGGUGUAAGAGGAGGCCCUGUGCGCUCCAUCCAUUAUUCAGACGGAGGAAUCUGAUUGGCUGCACGAGCUUGUGUCUGUGCACCGGUCGCGUUCUGUCUGUCUGUCUCUCUUCUGAACACCGUCUUCCUCAGAGUGUCUCCUGUGGGUCAAGAGAGUUACGGAUCUGGUCAAAGCUGAAGAUGGUUUCUCCUGCGAUCGCGUUGGCUUUUCUUCCGUUCUUGCUCACACUGAUUAUCCGUUACCGAUAUUAUUUCGUGUUGCUGUAUCGGGCUGUUCUUAUCCGCUGGGUGCGGGACUGUCUGACGGGCCUCAGUCGAGAGGAGCGGGCGUUUCAGUACAUCCUGACCCACGCCACACCCGGAGACGCCCAGAGCAUCCUGGACACAUUCGACCAGUGGUGCAGCAAAGUGGAGUUCAUCAGCAACAUCGGACCCAAGAAAGGUAAGAUUCUGGACCGGCUGCUGCAGGAACACUGUCCCAUCACGGUGCUGGAACUGGGCACUCACUGCGGCUACAGCACGGUCCGCAUCGCCCGCUCGCUGCCCAUCGGCGCACGCAUUUACUCCGUCGAGAUGGACGAGAGAAAUGCUCAAGUGGCUGAGAAAAUCAUCCGGUUGGCAGGUUUUGAUGAGGACAUGGUGGAGCUGAUCGUGCGUCCGUCGGAUGAGGUGAUCCCGCGUCUGCGUGAGGAUUUCGGCGUGGAGCGUCUGGAUCUGGUCUUCAUGGAUCACUGGAAGCGCUGUUACCUGCCGGACCUGCAGCUGCUGGAGGGCAGCGGUCUGCUGGGUGAGGGCUCCAUCAUUCUGGCAGAUAACGUCAUCUUCCCCGGAGCGCCCAACUUCCUGCGACACGUGCGCCGCUCCGGCCUGUACGAGGUCAGAGUUCACCGUGCCACGCUGGAGUACAUCCGUGGCAUCCGUGACGGCAUGGCCGAGCUCACCUUCCUCGGGAUCAAGUAAAACACGCUUACAGGAUGUUAAAGUGACACUCUGAACAGUUGGUGUCACAGCUUUCGUUUAUUUGAUGCUGGUUCACUAGCAUCAAUCAUCAGGCGAUUAGCAACAUUCACAUUCAUCCGAAGUGACUUGCGUUGCAUUCAAUGCACACAUUAACAUUUAAUCGUUCCUUGCUUUUCUGGGAAUCAAACCCAUGACCUUGGCGUUGGUAGUGACAAGAUUUACGUUUGAGCUACGGGAAAGACAUUGAACACUUAUUAAGUUUAAGUAUUUGGGACUUAAUUAAAGCUGGCACAAAAUAACAAUUUUAUUAUGGGCAAUUCAUCUGUGCAUACUUUUUUAAACCUCAUGUUUUAUCAAAAUGUAAUAACUGGACCUUCUGGUGAAAACUUAGGAGUGUAAAUUAUUUUCAGAAAUAAAUUUCCACUAGACAGAAAAACUUUACUCUGGUUAAUAGUAAAAAUUAAAACAUAAGUACUUUUAUCCCUUACAACUUCUUUUCAUUCAUGUUUCUUUCUUCAUGAAACAGAAUUUAAUAAAUGUUUAUAUAUAUAUAUAUAUAUAUAUAUAUAUAUAUAUAUAUAUAUAUAUAUAUAUAUA